AAUAGCACUAAGUUAUUCAAUGCAGGACUGCAACAUGGCGCUCUACAUGAACCGAUGUGUGUCGGUCACCUCACUCUUUAAGAAUUGUUCGUUUUUCGGAGCACUGUCGCAAACACGGGCUUUGAAUGUUGAUGAUUUUGUGACUGAAAAGAAGAAGAAAAACAAGUUCAGGCAGCACAGAGAAACUCCCAAAUUUGUAAAUGAGUUCUCAACUGACCAACCAAAGGGAAAGAUAUAUGACAAGAAGCCAUUUCGAAUAGAGCUGACGGCAGGGAAGAAAUACGCUUGGUGUGCUUGUGGGCAUAGUCACACACAACCUCUGUGUGAUGGUACACACAAGACACUAUGGGGGACAUCAGAAAGUAAGAACAUGCCCAAAUGGGGUCCAGUUCGGUUUAGUGUGGAGGAAACCAAGGAGUACUGGCUAUGCAACUGUAAACAGACAAACAACAGACCCUUCUGUGAUGGCACACACAAGCUGCCCCACGUCCAGGCAGUCAAAUAGGACAGGACGUGUUGAAUCACCAUGGUUACAGCACUGGGAAAAGUAUAGCAUGUAUGUGUUUGUAACUCAUUCCUCUUCAUGACACCCAGAUGAUCAUAGAUGGAAUGUACCUUUGGUGGCCUGGGUAGAUGUGUGUGAAUUUAUCUCCCACAUUGACUGUGGUGAGAGUGUGCGAUGGUAAUUGUAUUAUGAUUCAGGCAGAUUCUAUUUGUGAUAGAAAUGUUAAGUUGUAAAACAUAACUGAUAGUGACUGGAAAGUUGUGGUAUGUAUGUAGUCAGUUCAUUGUAAACUUACAUAUUAUUGGAGAGCUUUGAUUCAGUUUAUUAAUGCAGUAUGAAGAAAUCUUGUUAGAAUGAGUGAUAUGGUUAAGAAUAAAACUUGUGUUUGUCAGUG